AUGCCGCCGCGCUUCUGCGCCGGUGCACCGAGGCUCGCGCUUCUUCUAUCGUUCGCCUGCGCCGUGCUGCUGAUCGUGCCGUGCCAGUGCGUCAAUGAGCACGGACAGGCGCUGCUGGAAUGGAGGCGGUCGCUGCGGCCGACGGGCGGCGCGCUGGACUCGUGGAAGGCGUCUGACGCGAGCCCUUGCCGGUGGUUCGGCGUGUCGUGCGACGCGCGGGGUAACGUCGUGGGGCUGAGCGUCACGGGGGUCGACCUCCAGGGCCCGCUUCCAGCGAACCUGCAGCCGCUCGCAUCGUCGCUGAGCACGCUGGUGCUCUCCGGCACGAACCUCACCGGCGCGAUCCCGCCGGAGAUGGGCGGGUACGGCGCGCUGGCCACGCUCGACCUCAGCAAGAACCAACUCACGGGCGCGAUCCCGCCCGAGCUCUGCCGGCUCGCCAAGCUCGAGACUCUCGCGCUCAACUCCAACUCCCUGCGCGGUGCCAUCCCGGACGACAUCGGUGACCUUGCCAGCCUCACGCACCUCACGCUCUUCGACAACGAGCUGAGCGGCACGAUCCCUGGGAGCAUCGGCAGGCUCAAGAAGCUGCAGGUGCUCCGCGCCGGCGGGAACCAGGCGCUCAAGGGCCCGCUGCCCAAGGAAAUCGGCGGCUGCGCCGACCUCACCAUGCUCGGCCUCGCCGAGACCGGCAUGUCGGGGAGCCUCCCGGAGACGAUCGGGCAGCUAAAGAAGAUCCAGACCAUCGCCAUCUACACCACAUUGCUCUCCGGCGGCAUCCCGGAGUCCAUCGGCAACUGCACCGAGCUCACCAGCAUCUACCUCUACCAGAAUUCGCUCUCCGGUUCGAUACCGGCAUCUAUCGGCCGGCUCCGGAAGCUGCAGUCGCUGCUGCUCUGGCAGAACCAGCUCGUCGGCGCCAUCCCGCCGGAGCUCGGCCAGUGCGAGGAGCUCACCCUCAUCGACCUCUCUCUGAAUUCUCUCACCGGCAGCAUUCCGGCGACCUUCGGCCAGCUGCCGAACCUCCAACAACUGCAGCUAAGCACGAACCGGCUCACCGGCACCAUCCCGCAGGAGCUCUCCAACUGCACGUCGCUGACGGACAUCGAGGUCGACAACAACGCGCUCUCCGGCGAUAUCCGCGUCGACUUCCCGAAGCUCCGCAACCUCACGCUGUUCUACGCGUGGAAGAACAGCCUCACCGGCGGCGUGCCAGCGAACCUUGCGGAGUGCGCCAGCCUACAGUCGGUGGACCUGUCGUACAAUAACCUCACCGGCCCCAUCCCGAAGGAGCUGUUCGCUCUGCAGAACUUGACCAAGCUACUGCUGCUGAGCAACGAGCUCUCCGGCGUCGUGCCGCCAGACAUCGGCAACUGCACCAACCUCUACCGAUUCCGGCUCAACGACAACCGGCUUUCCGGCACGAUCCCCGCCGAGAUCGGUAACCUGAAGAACCUGAAUUUCCUCGACAUGAGCGGCAACCACCUCGUCGGCCCGGUGCCCGCGGCCAUUGCCGGGUGCGGCAGCCUCCAGUUCCUCGACCUGCACUCCAAUGCUCUGUCCGGCGCAUUGCCUGACGCGCUGCCGCGCAGUCUCCAGCUUGUCGAUGUCUCUGAUAACCAGCUCUCCGGGCAGCUGAGGUCCAGCCUCGCGCUGAUGCCAGAGCUGACGAAGCUUUACUUGGGGAAGAACCGGCUGACCGGCGGCAUCCCGCCUGAGCUCGGCUCUUGCGAGAAGCUCCAGCUGCUGGACCUCGGCGACAACGCGUUCUCCGGCGGCAUCCCCGCGGAGCUCGGCGCGCUCCAGUCAUUGGAGAUUUCGCUUAACCUCAGUUGCAACCGUCUCUCCGGAGAGAUCCCGCCGCAGUUCGCCGGCCUUGAGAAGCUGGGCAACCUCGACCUGUCGCAUAACCAGCUGUCCGGGAGCCUCGAUCCGCUGGCGGCGCUGCAGAACCUCGUCACGCUCAACAUAUCGUUCAACGCCUUCUCCGGCGAGCUGCCAAACACCCCCUUCUUCCAGAAGCUGCCGCUCAGCGACCUCGCCGGCAACCGCCACCUCGUGGUGGGCGAUGGCUCCGACGAGUCCUCCCGGCGCGGGGCCAUCACGACGCUUAAAAUAGCCAUGUCCGUACUCGCCGUUGUCAGCGCGGCGUUCCUGGUGGCGGCCACCUACAUGCUCGCCCGCGCGCGCCGCGGCAGCAGAGGCUGCGGCCCCACCGUGCACGGCGGCGACGGCACGUGGGAGGUGACGCUGUACCAAAAGCUGGACAUCUCCAUGGAUGACGUGCUCCGCGGGCUGACGUCCGCGAACGUGAUCGGCACGGGGAGCUCCGGCGUGGUGUACAGGGUGGACACCCCGAACGGGUACACGAUCGCGGUGAAGAAGAUGUGGUCGCCGGACGAGGCGACGGCCGGCGUGGCGUUCCGCAGCGAGAUCGCGGCGCUGGGAUCCAUCCGGCACCGCAACAUCGUGCGGCUGCUGGGGUGGGCGGCCAACGGCGGCAGCAGCACCCGGCUGCUGUUCUACAGCUACCUGCCCAACGGCAGCCUGAGCGGGCUCCUCCACGGCGCCGGCGUCGGCGUCGGCGUCUCCAAGGGCGCGCCCGCGGCGGACUGGGGCGCGCGCUACGACGUGGCGCUGGGCGUGGCCCACGCGGUGGCGUACCUCCACCACGACUGCGUGCCGGCCAUCCUGCACGGGGACAUCAAGUCCAUGAACGUGCUGCUCGGCCCGGCCUACGAGCCGUACCUCGCCGACUUCGGCCUCGCCCGCGUCUUGUCCUCCGGGCAGGGCAAGCUCGACGACUCCUCCAAGCCCCAGGCCAUCGCCGGCUCCUACGGCUACAUGGCGCCAGAGUACGCGUCGAUGCAGCGGAUCAGCGAGAAGAGCGACGUGUACAGCUUCGGGGUGGUGCUGCUGGAGAUCCUGACGGGGCGGCACCCGCUGGACCCGACGGUGCCGGGCGGCGCGCACCUGGUGCAGUGGGUGCGGGAGCAGCAGGCGCGGCGCGGAGGAGGAGGCGGGCACGACGAGCUCCUGGACGCGCGGCUCAGGGGCAGCGCCGGCGAGGCGGAGGCGCACGAGAUGCGGCAGGUGCUGGCUGUGGCCGUGCUGUGCGUGUCCCACCGCGCCGACGACCGGCCGGCGAUGAAGGACGUGGUGGCGCUGCUCGAGGAGAUCAGGCGCCCCGCUGUGGCCGACGACGCGAAGCCGCCGCCAGCGGCGGCGCUGCCUGCCGCCUCGGCCGCGGCGAUGCUGUCGCCGGCGCGGGGCGGCGCGCACUCGGCGGGCGACUCGUUCGCCGUCGUCUCGGACUACUCUGCCUGA